AUGGCGGCACCCGUCCUGCCUCUACCGCAGGUCAAGCUCGCCUCGCUGCCCUCCACCCGUCUCACCCCCGAGCAGCAAUACUGGCGCACCUUCAAAAACCCCCUGCUGAUUCCCUCGCCCGCCAAUGGCCCCGUCAAUCUCAUCACUCAGCCUUCGAUCCCUUCAUCCGCAGCGGCAUUCCCGUCUCUCACACAACCGCCCGAUGUCUUCACUGUGACAACGGGCGCUCGAGUCCAAAUCUAUUCCAUCCGGACCCGAAAGCUGCUGCGCACGAUCACCCGGUUCGAUGAUACAGUGCGCGGGACGGACGUGCGGCCUGAUGGCCGUGUAGUGGUGACUGGUGAUGACACCGGCGCAGUGCAGGUGUUUGACGUCAAGUCUCGAGCCAUCUUGAAGACCUGGAAGGACCACAAGCAGCCCGUGUGGGUGAGCAAGUUUUCACCAAGUGACCCGACGUCUGUUUUCACGGCGAGUGAUGACCGCACCGUGCGGCUGUGGGAUCUGCCAUCGGAAAGCAGUGCGCGCACCUUCGUGGGCCAUGGCGACUACGUGCGCAGCGGUGCAUUCAUGCCGGGCUCGAUGGCUUCGUCGGGCCUAGUGGUCUCUGGUUCUUACGAUCGCACGGUCCGAUUGUGGGAUCCACGUGUGGCAAGCCGUGCAGCCAUGACGUUCAAGAUGGGUUCGCCGAUCGAAAAUGUCUUGCCCAUGCCCGCCGGGACGACGGUGUUGGCCUCUGCCGAUAAUAAGAUUGCGGUGCUUGAUAUCGUGGCUGGCAAGCCGCUUCAUUUGAUCCAGAGCCACCAGAAGACAGUUACCUCGCUGGCUCUUGCGUCAAAUGGCGAGCGGUUGCUGAGUGGUGCUCUGGACGGACACAUGAAGGUGUUUGAGACGACCGGGUGGAACACUGUCUCUGGAUCGAAAUACCCAUCGCCCAUUCUGUCGCUGAGUGUUAUCACGUCUGGAAUGGACUACGAGGACAAGCACAUCGCUGUUGGUAUGCAGUCCGGCCUUUUGUCUAUCAAGACCCGCCUGUCUGGACAGCAGAAGAUCAAAGAACGCGAGCGCCAGAAGGAGAUGCAAGCUCUGCUGGAGGGCAAGCUGGAGGAGCACGACCGGCAAGUGGCAAAGAAGCAAAAGGCGCGCGGAUCAGGCUGGGACAAGCGACUCCGUGGACGGGAUUUCAUCGGCGAAGGUACAGAUAUUGUCAUCGAAGGCCAAGAUCGCAAGCGCCGCAAGAAGGAGCAGCCCUGGGAGAACGAUCUGCGCAAGGCCCGCUACUCGGCUGCCUUGGACCAGGUCCUCGCAUCCACCGACAAGACGGCCCAGCUCACUCUUCUCACAGCACUGCGCCACCGCUCCGCCCUGCGCGCUGCGUUGCGAAACCGCGACGAAAUCACGCUGGAGCCUGUGUUGCAAUGGAUCCACAAGAACAUCCGCGAGCCGCGCCUGGUGGAUCUCUCUGUUGAGGUCGCCAUGAACCUGUUGGAUAUCUAUUCAGGCAACCUGGGCCAGUCUGUCGCGAUUGAUAAACUAGUGGAACGCCUGCACCGGCGCGUGCGCGAUGAAGUGGAAAUGGCGCAGCAGGCGUGCCAGACCAAAGGGAUGUUGGAUAUGCUGAAGGCAACGUGA